CAGCCAAAACACUUACUUUAAUACUUGACAUCAUGGAGGACGUAGGAAUGGAGAUUCAAAGAGAGGAGCCAACCUUCGAGUCUGUCGUGACUGAGAAGGCCGCUCUCCAUAAAGAAUUACAAGAGGAAGAUUUGUAUACCAAAUACAAGAAGCUCGCGCGUCAUCUAGAGCUUUUCGAUAUCCAGGAAAGCUACAUAAAGGACGAGCAAGCAAAUCUCAAACGCGAGCUCAUUCGUGCUCAGGAGGAGGUGAAGCGCAUCAAAUCUGUCCCACUCGUCAUCGGGCAAUUCCUCGAGGCAAUUGACCAGCACACUGGUAUCGUGGGUUCGACCACCGGCUCGAAUUAUGUCGUGCGCAUUUUGUCGACAUUGGACCGAGAGCUGCUCAAGCCUUCGUCGUCUGUUGCCCUUCACCGGCAUUCAAAUGCCCUUGUGGAUAUCCUUCCUCCGGAGGCCGACUCAUCAAUAGCCAUGCUUGGAAAGGAGGAAAAGCCCGAUGUGUCUUAUUCAGAUAUCGGUGGAAUGGACUUGCAGAAGCAGGAAAUACGUGAAGCGGUUGAGCUUCCCCUCACGCAUUUCGACCUUUAUAAAAAGAUUGGUAUCGACCCGCCUCGCGGUGUCUUGCUUUAUGGACCACCUGGUACGGGCAAGACCAUGCUUGUGAAAGCAGUCGCACAUCACACAACUGCGUCUUUCAUUCGCGUGGUUGGUAGUGAAUUCGUGCAGAAAUAUCUCGGAGAAGGCCCUCGUAUGGUCCGUGACGUCUUCCGACUUGCCAGGGAGAAUGCCCCUGCCAUCAUCUUCAUCGACGAGAUAGAUGCCAUUGCGACCAAGCGGUUCGACGCUCAAACGGGAGCGGACAGAGAAGUACAGCGUAUUCUGCUGGAGCUUCUCAACCAGAUGGAUGGUUUCGACCAAGGAAGCAACGUCAAGGUCAUCAUGGCCACGAACCGCGCAGACACGCUUGAUCCUGCUUUGCUUCGUCCUGGUCGGCUUGACAGGAAGAUUGAAUUCCCUCUACCAUCGAGGCGUGAAAAACGUCUCAUAUUCCAGGCUGUGACUAGUAAAAUGAAUCUUGGUCCAGAUGUAGACCUCGAGGAUUAUGUGUCAAGACCAGAUCGGUUAUCUUCCGCAGAAAUAUCUUCUAUUGCACAGGCAGCUGGACUUCAAGCUGUACGGAAGAACAGAUAUGUUAUUCUUCCUGUUGAUUUCGAAGAGGCGUGGAAACAAACCGUCAAACGCUCAGACGAUACUCACGAGUUUUGUGAGUCCUCCUCGUUCAUCUGUCUGCGAUGCAUGAUGCUCAUGCCACAUCGUCAAUCCAGACCGGUAGUACAUGCAUCAUAUCACUGUAUUCUACGAUUGCAAUUACAUUUAUUCUUCCCCUUCUCGUGAUCGAUGGUAUCUGCAAAUCACAGCUCUGUCACUUUAGCGUCUCUCUGCUUUCAUACGGAGGGGCGCUCAUUCUUAUGAGCGAUAUAAAAUGACAUCCUGUGACAUAUUUUUGCCCCACUUGCUUGCCUUCGUGGAUGAGCUUAAGGCUCAGAGAGCAGUGAGGUUCACACGCAGGAUAUAUCUUCUCGAGUUGAAUCACUAUCCCUAACUUAGCUAACCUGUACCAUUGAAGUUAGGUACUCAAGGUGAGUGGUAUGUCGUGAUCGCAAAGACUCUGCUGAUCACCUAU